AUGGCUGAUAUAAUCAUGGAAGAUCCGCCUGCAACCGAUCCCUCCACCCCGUUUUCCCUCCGUCCACGCUUCAAGAUCUCAGAUCUUCCUCUCGUCAAAGAACAAAGAUCAACGAUAGAUGCACUUCUGCUGAAGUUCAAGAAGCAAGGUGGCUACGAUAGCCUCAGAAAACAAGUAUGGGCAUCAUACAACACUUCUGACGCAAAAACCGCUUUGGCAGACCAAAUACACGCCAUUGCGGAAGCCGAGAUUGAGAAGGACCCGAACCUACUCAGCCGAGAGCGUGGCAAGGCUGCAACUUUGAUACAGGGUGCUGUCGACCGGAGCGGCAUUUAUCAAGAUGUGGAGUCUCGCAUUGACACGGAGAUUGCGAAGCACCUGAACAAUGUACUUGAUGCUGUGCGUGAAAUCAGAACAGCAGAUGUCGGCCUUCAGAUCGCAGAAGAGGAGGAGCGGCGUGGUAGUAAGACAGACGAACAGUACAAAGCAGAGACUGAGAAUCGUGCCGCUGAAAGAGAGCGAAACAGAAAUCGCAUGGAGCAACUGCUUCGCGAGACUGCCGAGCUGAAGGCAAAGAUCAAGCAGGAAGAAGAAAGAAAGAGGAAGAAAGAGGAAGCGAAACGCGAGGAGGAAGAAAAGAAGAAGCGUGAAGCCGAAGAAGAAGAGCGAAGGAUCGCCCGGCAGAAGAGACGGGAAGAGGAGGAGAAACGGGAAGCCGAGAGAAUCAAGGCCAGGGAUGAAAGACACAGAAAGCGUGAAGAAGAGAGAAAAGAAAGAGAAGCUCGUUACGAGAAAGAAAGAGAGCGUGAGCGAGAGAGAGAUCGUGAGCGUCGUGAGCGGGAACGGGACCGCGACCGUGACAGAGAUCGAGAUCGCGAUCGGGACCGGGACCGAGACCGUGAUCGAGAGAGGGAUAGGGACCGUGUUCGUGACAGAGACCACGAGCGCAGAAGAAGCCCCGAACGGCGAGCUUCGCGCACCGAAUCGACGAUUGCAAAGGAUCUCCCCACUGACGAAAAGGAUCUCGAAGCGACUGCCCUUGAGUUACUCUUAAGCGAAGUAGACGAGAACGAUCUCGCGACAGCUAUAGGCGAGACAGAGAGCGAAGGAGCAGAUCUCGUGAUAGACGAGUUUCAAUACAGAAGGAAAAAACGCGGACGCCGAGCAAGGACCGAGAAGAAGGUGAAGCACGAAGCCAACAAGACUCCCCUUCGCCAACUCGUGAGAAAGAAAGACCAAAGACCAGGAGAAUGCGAUCUGCAUCCCCAGUGGGUAUUGAUCGCUAUGUGCCUGGUGGAGGCGUUCACCGUACCGAGGAAGAACGCGAGCGUCUCAAGGAGAGGCGGAGGCCCCGAGACACUGACAGAGAUCGCGAGCCUAGAAGGACCACCGACAGUCAUCGUGGUGACCGAGAAGGUGACAGGGAUAGAGACAGAGAUCGCGAUCGCGAUCGCGACCGUGACCGUGACCGUGACCGUGACCGUGAUCGCGAUCGAGACGGUGGUCAAGAUCGACGUGAUCGUCGGGACAAAAGUCGCGAAGCCGACCGUGAUCGUGGCGACCGCGAACGAGAUCGAGGCAAGGACCGAGACAGAGAUCGAGACAGAGAUCGAGACAGGAGCAGGGAUACACGUAGGGAAAGAAGCAGAGAACGAGAUCGCGACCGAGACCGAGACCGGGACAGGGAGAGAAGUAGGGACACACGAAGGGACAGAAGCAGAGAACGAGACCGCGAUCGAGAUAAGUAUCGCGAGAGAGAUCGUGACCGAGACCGGAGCAGGGAACGCGAGAGGGACCGUGACAGAGAUCGCGACAGACGGGACCGAAGUCCUCGACGAAGAGAUGAUGAUCGACGAGACGACCGCAGAGACAGUCGACGGGACAGAGACAGAAGCCCGGUUCGACGAGACCGUGAUCCCGUUCAGAUUGAUCGAUAUGUACCCGGGCGAUAGUUAUCGCCGGCUCCUAUCCGAUGCGGUUGCUAUAUAG